AUGCAUGGAUUCAUCGCCAAUUUCAACGCCAUUUCAGCCAAAUCAUCAGCCAACCGAGAAUCACACAGUAGAACAGGGAGAAAGCCCCCGAAUCGAGAAAAGCAAGCAAGCAAGCAAGCAAGCAAGCAAGCAGGCAUGAGAGAAGAGAGAAGAAAGACGAAAGAAGAAAAUAUGGUGGUCAUUCUGGUGGUGGACGGGACAGCCCAUGACAAACAACGAGUUGACGAUUGA